UGACUGGUGACAAGUGUAGUUGUGUUACUGUUUAGCUCCUUGUGUUUUCCUGUAAAACGUGUGAUAUAAAGAGCUGAGCGCUCAAAAAAAUUUCACAAGUGCUGUUAAAUGUUUGUAAACUCUUUCGGUGUCACUGUUGAUAUUGUGUACGUUGUUUAUUGUGCAAAAUUACGGGUGGAUUGUGCGGUCAACAGCGUUGUACGUUGAGACAACGAUCGAUCCUUCCCGGUGUAGAUAUUUGUUUGUGUUUGUGUCCGACCAAAUUAGCACCGUAGUUUGUGUUGUGUGUGUGACACCGAAGAGUGUGUGUGUAUUUUUGCUUGAAGACGCCUGCGUAGAUAUCAAUGUAAGUAUAAAUAGUUGAUAAUAGUUUCGCCCGUGAUUUGUUUUGCGGCAUGGAGUGUUUGAAAUGCUCAGCCGUGAUCGUAAACGGCGAUGACCCGAUCGUUUGUGCCGGGAGUUGUGGGUUUAGUUUUCACCGUCGGUGUAUUACACCCACACUCAAUAAGCCUGCGGUAAAACUUUUAAGUGAGAACCGCAAUGUUGUAUAUAUUUGUGACAUCUGUUUGGAUCAAAAAGCGGGCUUGGUUGAUAUGGAGAUUGAUGCAGCUAAAUCGAAUGAUUUGCUUGCACAAACAUUGAGGGAUUUAGAGGUCAAUGUGAGCGUGUGGAUAUCUAACGCUUUAGAGAGAGGAAUCGAGACUCUCAAAACUGAGCUUUGCGCGCAAGUGGAGCGUAAGUUGGAGACAACAUUGCGUGAAACGUUAAGUGCUAUAGAAGCCUCAAAAAUGUCUAAGGUGGCCUUGCGUGCAACUUCUGACACUAUGAAAACCAGCGAAACAGUGCAAGAAAUAAAUUUAGAAUCAUGGGCGACGGUCACUAAAAAAAGGAAGAGGACAAAUAGUGGGGACAGUAAUGUUCAAACUAUUAUUAAUAGAUUUGACGAGGGAAACAAUAAAGUUACUCCCAAAAUUAGGAAAAAUGACGAUAUGAAGGAGUCCAUGGGAAAAAAUAAAAACAAAAAUAAGAAUAAAACACUGGUUAUUGUUCCUAAGGUGGUUCAGUCUUGCGAUACGACAAGAGCUGAUCUACGCGCGAAAUUGGAUCCGAGGCGACAGCAAAUAUCGGAAUUCCGUAAUGGCAGGGACGGUCAAGUUUAUGUUCAAUGUUCUGCUCAGGCGAAUUUAGAUAAUGUUAGAAAUGAAGUAGAAGGCAUUUUAGGAGACGGGUAUUUGACUUCCUUGCCAAUGGCACGAGUAAAAAUUAUUGGAAUGAGUGAAAAAUAUUCUGAGUCCGACUUAGUAGAUCUUUUGAAAUCUCAAAAUGAGUUAAUUCCCUGGAAACAGGUGAAAGUAAUUGGAAUGUUUGAGAGUAAGAUCUACAAGUACCUGAAACACAACGCG